AAAAAGAAAACAGCGAAAAAGAUCAAAGAAGACGGAAUUCAAAUCCUAACAUUAAGCUCAUUAGAAAAUAUUUUUCCAGAAAGCAAAAACCCGAAGGUUUUCACGUCCGCGUUCCCGAACUCAUACUCUCCCUUCCGAAAUCACACCCAAUUGAUUGAUUUGCUUACUUGUAAAACCCUAACACUUAAUUUUGGACUUCCAAACGGCGUCGCCUCUGGUUCUUUUGUUUCCCGUCGGGUUCUAGUUCAAUUUGAUUUGACAUAUUUUCGGCGACUCUCUAUUUUAUUCGGUGCUCGAAGUUCCUGUUUACGAGCUGGCUAUGGACUACGAGCCGUAUGAUAGCAGUGGAACUGAUGAUGAUCUUCCUCCAUCACAUCAAAAUAGGAUUCCAAGAGGUGGUGGUCGAAUUACUGGAAAUGGAAGAUCUGCUAUCAUUGGUUCUGUCCCCUACCCGAGAAUGUAUGGAGAAACAGAUAUGGAGGCCCAAAUUCAUCAACUUGAGCAAGAAGCAUACAGUUCGGUUCUGAGAGCCUUUAAAGCUCAAGCUGAUGCCAUUACAUGGGAGAAAGAAAGUUUGAUAACCGAGUUAAGAAAAGAGUUACGGUUGUCCAAUGAAGAACAUAGAGAACUUCUUGCUAGAGUUAAUAAUGAUGAUGUCAUCAGAAGAAUAAGGGAGUGGAGGCAAUCUGGUGGGCAUCAAUCUGGUAUGCUUGGUGGUGGUCAAUCUGUUCAUGAUCCAAUACCCAGCCCCUCCAUUUCAGCUUCACGGAAGAAACAGAAGAUUGCCCCAUCUUUACCUUCUCAAUCCUUUGCUGGACCAUCUCCUACUUUUCUUCCACCUGCGGUGACUGCUGCAAACCAGCCAUUUUCAUCCGCUGCCAAGAGAGGACCUAUUGCGGGGCCGAAGGGGAAAAAACAUAAAUCUGGCCAGAUGAUGCCUGGUGCGUCUUCAAUGAAAAUGCAGUACCCUACUCCUGGUCCUUCAGGAAGAGCCCAACUCGGUAAUCGGUUUUCUGAACCUGCUGAAGCAGCAUCAUCUGAUCCAUUGGUUGGAAGGAAAGUGAGGACGAGAUGGCCUGAUGACAAUAAUUUUUAUGAAGCAGUCAUAACUGAUUAUAAUCCAGCUGAGGGUAGACAUGCUCUUGUUUAUGACAUGGGUACUGCAAAUGAGACAUGGGAAUGGGUCAACCUUGCUGAGAUUUCUCCUGAGGAUAUUCAGUGGGAGGGCGAAGAACCUGGAAUUUCUCAUCAUGGAAAUUAUGGUGGAUCAGGUCAUGUCAUGACUAGACCUGCUGGACAUGAUAGUGCUCCAGGUGCAGGGAGAGGUAGGGGGUUGACUAAAGCUCAAUCCAGAAAAGAUUUUCCAAUAUCACAGAAUGGCAUAGGAAAGAAAGGAUCUGAUGAUAUUCAGUUACUUCAUACUGAUACACUGAUCAAAGAGGUGGAGAGGAUUUUUGGCGCCGGCCAUCCAGAUCCUCUCGAGGUUGAGAAGGCAAAGAAAGUGCUGAAGGAGCACGAACAAGCACUUCUAGAUGCCAUUUCAAGACUUGGAGAGUUAUCUGAUGGUGAAAGUGCUGCUUUAGAACCAGCGGCACACCGAUCGCCAAAUUUUCUCCCCUCUCAGCUGUGAAGUUGGAGAUGAUUAAUAAAAAUGGUGAUGGUGGAUGUUGUCUCUGGUGGACUAUGGCAAGAACAAAAAUUCAAUGUUCGCCAUUUGAAGUUGAUGGCAAGGAUGAUAUUUCCUGACCUCAAGAUGGAGCUGGAGCUUGGGAGGUGAGAGGUUGAAAAUUACCAUCCAUUCACGCGCUCAGCUUUUGGUGUGAAGCAAACACCAUGCCAUGUCAGCAAGUUGUGUGUGAUAGACACACUGAUGAAGGAGUUCAGGUGCUCGAUUGGAACAAGGCAUAGUAUAAGUGUCUAAAUGAAAAAUAUGGGCAAGUUUAAGGGGCUGCAUAUGUAUUAAGCCUAGAAUGUAUUUCACCAUCAGUGUUCUUGUCAGCGGCAGUGAAGCAUGUAAUCUCCAGUGUUGUAUUUUUACAGACCUACAAAAACAAACUGAAACAUCCCAUGUAUUUGACUAGAUGAGAAACCACUAAUAACGAUGGUAAUAACAGUAAUGUCAAUAAUAAAUAUUAAUAUGAUAAAUCAAAAACAAUUGUACUGCUUUUAUGUCAUAGUAUCUGAUAUUGUUCGAGUUGUUUGUGGAGCACUGUUAUAAACUUCUAAGGCCCUUCAUCAGCUUUCUAUUCGUUCAAAUUCUUUCUUUCCUGUUAUUCA